AGAUAGAACCGGGGCUGCAGCACGCGCGCACUACAGGAGCAGCCAGAUUCCUCCACUUUGGAGGCAAGCAGUACAUUCACAGGAUUGCUAGGUCAUGCACACAAUACAGAUAAUUGGCCGAUUUCCGGUGCCGGUAUACAUAGCAUGAGCAGGAGCAUGAGCAGGAGCAUGAGCAUACGCACCUAAAAGGCGAAGUGCUGAGGUUCAUGUUCACGUUCAAGUGAUUCUUCCCAUGUUAUAGACUGGAUUACAUAGUUUUUCACCAGCCACCCUCUUUCUCAUGCAAACUCCGGCCAAUGGUGCAACUUGCAGCAACUGCUUUGUCUCUUCUCGUGCCUCCUACUACCCGAAUUCGACUGAACAAGGAACAGAGACUGGGGCAUGUGGUUUUGGUUCAUUUGGAGCUAUGAUUAAUGGCGGGGAUGUCUCGGCAGCAUCUAAUCUCUAUCGCAGUGGUGUUGGUUGUGGCGCUUGCUACCAGGUGAGGUGCACCAACAGUAAGUACUGCUCAGACAAAGGCGUAACCGUCGUCGUAACUGAUCAAGGUUCGGGUGAUAACACGGAUUUCAUUCUAAGCCAACGGGCCUAUGGCCGAAUGGCUCAAACCUCCGAUGCCGCCAGCUACAUAUAUGCACUUGGUGUUGUUGACAUCGAAUAUAGACGUGUUUCCUGCAGCUACCCAAACCACAAUAUAACCAUCAAGAUCGAUGAGAGCAGCAAUAACCCCUAUUAUUUGGGUUUUGUGAUAUGGUAUCAACAGGGCGAUAAGGACAUCACUGCGGUGCAGCUAUGUGAGACUCAGAACUAUGUUUGCAAGCUCCUGGACCGGAGCUAUGGUGCAGUUUGGACAACCACCUCGCCCCCUAGCGGUCCAUUGGCCCUGAGGAUGUUGCUCAGUGGCGAUGAUGGAGAUGAGACGUGGUUGGUUCCUGUCAACAACAUACCUCAAGACUGGAAAGCCGGAGCAACAUAUGAUACCGGAGUACAGAUCAGCUAAUGGUUGAAAGCCAUGGAAUGGAAAUGCAGCUGACUGUUUUGCAAGAUGUUCAAUAGAAAUAAUCGCCCAUGAGCAUUCUUGUUCUUUUAAUGAGUUGUACAAUAAUUGUUCUCCUUAGAGAUGAGCAAUGACUUAGCUAGAGAAAUGCUUAUAUGUAUUCUUUCAGAUUUGGAUGAAAUAUUCAUGUACUAUGGAUGAAGCAAUAAAUCUUGGAUUUUGUAGAAUGAUC